UGGCCCUUCUGGUCUUGAGUGUUAGAGCUGCUUCGGUCGGUUUAUCCGUCUGUAGAUCAACAUUCCAUCGGCUGUCGUCCAAUAACCACGCAACUGCGCAGUCUUCGUCAUCCCCCCCGCACAGGUAAAACACGGACAAGGUAAGGGAUCUUUCCACGGUUCUGCCGAGCUUCCAACAGAAGAACCAGUUCGUUUUUCUCUCUUUCGAAAUUCGUUUAGUGGCUUCACAUUAUCCAACAUCCCUCUUUCCUGGUAUCACGCCCGCAAUGCGGAUCGGCGUGUCGGUGCUGGCCAUUACCCUGUGCCAGGCAGCGGUUGGCAUAGCAGCUUCCGUCCUGACUCCUCCAGUCCUCCCCCUGAUUGUUCGCAAUCCAUAUCUCAGUACGUGGCUGGGGAAUGCUCGGGAGGUCCCCUGGUCGAAAUGGCCCAUAUUCUACACGGGAGAAGAGGUCGGCUUGUCGUUGAUGGUCCAGGUGCCCAGCUCCGGUGCUGUAUACCCACUACUCGGAAAGCCUCAUGAGUUUUUGUCUUCCUCCGAGAUCCCGACUUAUCUAGGGGCAAGCUAUGACGCGUCGACCACCAAUUUGACGUAUCGCAUUGAGGCCGCCUUCGACGCGAGACCGCUCGACAUCACAGUCUCGUUCCUAUCUCCUAUUACUCCCAGCUCGACGCUGCGACAGGCGAUUCCUGCAUCCUACGUCUCGGUCUUUGUGGAGGGUGAUGGCGAAGUCAACGUAUACAUGGAUGUGGACGGCCGCUGGGUCAGCGGGGAUACCGGAAGCAAGAUCGUCUGGAGCUUCGAUGAUGUCAAAGCUGAGGACGGUCGAUCCUCUCUUCAACGCUGGCAAGUUCGGCGGGAAAACGAGCUUCUCUUGACUGAGAUUCGUGAUCGUGCCGAAUGGGGCACUCUUCACUUUACCGGACCUGCAGACGUCCGCUACGAGUCGGGCGAGGCCUCACGAGUUCGACAAGCCUUUGCAAAGAAGGGAACCGUGAGGAAUACUGUUGAUUCUCGCUUUCGGCCCAUCCGAGACCAGCACCCCGUCUUUGCCUUUUCCAAGACGUUCAAGCUGGGUGGGAACACAUCGACCAAGAGUGACGGCGUCACAUUCACCAUUGCCCAUACCCAGGAUCCAGUCGUGCAAUAUGCGUCCGCUCGCGGGUUGACCAUGAUGCGACCACUGUGGAAAUCCUGGUUUCCCGAUGAGCAAAAGCUUCUUGCGUUCCACUACCACGAUUUUGCCAAUGCCAAUAUCUUAGCUUCCAAUUACUCUGAGCAGCUAGCCCAGGACGCCUACCUGUCUGGAGCAGAUGACUACGUUGAUAUCGUCGCGGUUUCUGCCAGGCAGGUGUUGGGAGCCACCACCUUCUCCGGCACACCGGACGAUCCGAUUUUGUUCCUAAAAGAGAUAUCUUCAAACGGCAACUUCCAGACGAUCGACGUCAUUUUCCCUUCCUUCCCAUUCUUCCUGUACACCAAUCCGAGAUGGCUGGCGUAUCUCUUGGAGCCUCUCAUCGAGCACAUGCUGAGCGGGCAGUACCCCAAUACGUACGCAAUGCAUGAUCUGGGCACUCAUUUCCCGAACGCAACGGGCCAUCCGGAUGGCCGUGAUGAAUACAUGCCUGUGGAGGAGUGCGGCAACAUUCUGAUCAUGGGUCUUGCGGUAGCCAAUUCCCUGCGCUACUCUCAGGACUCGACAGCGGGUUCGAUCUGGUCCAUGCCGGGCUCGUCGCCUAGGGUCUCUGGGGAGUCCUCCGGCCUCUUCCCGCUUGACAAUCUCCAGGAACUGGCUGGGAUUGACAAACAGGAUGGCAGAUGGGGCGGUGGCGAAGUAGGUGAGCUUCUGGCUUCGAAAUGGAUCCAGAGAAGCUACCGACUCUGGACACAAUGGACGGGUUACCUGGUAGAAUUCUCUUUGGAGCCUGCGAACCAAUUAUCUACCGAUGACUUCGCUGGCUGGCUGGCCCUGCAGACGAAUCUGGCGCUGAAGGGCAUCAUUGGCAUCAACGCAAUGAGCAAGCUUGCCGAGAUUGCCGGCUUCGACGGCGACGCAAAGCACUACAAGAAAAUCUCAGAGGCAUACAUCUCCAAAUGGGAAGAUUUCGGCAUGUCCCGCGACAAGACACACGCCAAACUGGCAUACAACUGGUACGGUUCAUGGACAACGAUCUAUAACCUCUACGCAGACGCCCAGCUAUGCUUCCACCUGGAGGGGACGGAUGACGAGUUUCUCGCAAAGAAGCGUAGUAGAGUCCCUCAAGAGAAGCAGAGAGACGAUGGGCCCGAAACAGGCUUCGUCCCCCGCCACAUCUACCGCAAGCAAUCGAUCUGGUACCACACCGUGCGGCAGCGGUACGGCCUCCCCCUCGACAGCCGCCACCUAUACACCAAGACGGACUGGGAGUUCUUCGCCAUGGCGGUGGCCAGCAAGGAGACCCGCAGCGCCAUCCUCGAGUCCGUCGCAACAUGGGUCAACGAGACGGUCACCAACCGCCCGCUAACAGACCUGCACGACACAGAGGGGAAAGGCGGGUAUCCCGGUGUUACCUUCUUCGCGCGCCCCGUCGUCGGCGGCCAUUUUGCCUUUUUGGCCCUGCAGCGCGCUUGUGACGGGAAAGCCAUGAGGGGGUUGUCCUUUCUCAACGACGAGUAUCCCGCUCGCGAGGACGAUCGCGCGGCUGCGGUCCGCGCGGCCGCUGAGUUCGCUGAUCAUCCGUAUUAUCGCCAUGAGGGUGGGGAGUUGUAACUGUCCUUGAGUAUAUGUAGCUUUUCCCGGAGGUAUAACUAUAUAGCUAAGAUCUUUGCUUGGAAUAUGGACUUCUUCUUAAAAUACCUCUUCUCUACGGUUACUCAACUACGAACAUGUGUAAACGUAACAUUUUAUUUUCCCCUGCAAAUCAAAAAUACAUAGGCCAAGUCAUAUCAUGGUCAGGCCGAAUGCAAGAUUUUUCU